AUGAAUUAUGAAUGGGAUGCUGCUGGGCAAGAGAGGAAACUCCAAAUGCAGGAGUUAGAGGAAAUAACGCGUGAAGCCUAUGACAAUGCUACUCUUUACAAGGAGAGAUUGAAGAGAACACAUGACCAGCUUAUCCAGGUCAAGACGUUUGAACAUGGGCAGAAGGUUCUACUUUACCAAUCGAGGUUCAAACUCAUGUCCGAAAAGAUUUCAAGCAAAUGGAUUGGGCCUUAUGAAGUGCUAGCCCAAUAUCCAAAUGGAGCAGUGGAGAUCAAAGAUUACAAAUUCGGGGGCAUUUUUAAGGUGAAUGGUCAACGUUUGAAGGCCUACUAUGGGCAAGAGACGGAGGAUGAUCCAGAUUCUCUAAAGCUUCAGGGCCAAGAACCAAACUAA